CCCUGUUGUGGUCCCAAGAAGGUGUCCUGAUGGCACAACAUAAUCAUGGUUAGAAGUGAUGGGUUUUGGUUUGUCCUUGCAGGAACCUAGUGCUGAGGAAAAUGGAAAGACUCCAUUGACAGUGGCACAGAAAAAAGCCCAGAACAUAAUGGAGUCCUUUGAAAACCCGUUUAGGAUGUUCCUGCCUUCUCUGGAACACAGGGCCCACAUUUCUCAAGCAGCAAAGUUUGAUCCUUCUUCAAAAAUCUAUGAAAUCAGCAACCGCUGGAAGCUGGCCAGCCAGGUCCAGAAAGAACCUAAAGAAGAAACCACGAAGAAGGUUGCUGAACAAACAGGUAGUGUUCCAGUACGUGUAAACAUGGGCUCCUGUGUCGGGGUGCUCUGUGUUUUGGGGGGGGGCGGAGAAAGAGGUCGCUCCAAGAUGAAAUUUUAAGGCCUGUGUUCAGCAGGAAGAUCCAGCCUCUGAUGAGCUUACCUGAACAGCCAUACAAAUGCAUAUUUAUUGAUGGUUACACAAAGUUGUUUGUGGAUUUUUUGGGUUCAUUUGCUUGUUUG